CAUUGUCUCACGUGUGUGAUGGUGCUGAGCACUCAGCUUUGCCUGGAAUAUGCAGCAGGUGAGACACUGCUGUUGUUCGGCAUCCAGAGCCCUCCAGGAGCCACUUGAGAUUCCAAGAGUGGGAUAGUUGUUAUUCCUGACAGCAUGGCCAGCGAGGAUCCAAGGUACAGAAGCAAAAUGUUUGUUUGCCAAGCAGGAGGGGCUGUUUGUUAACAUCCAUGGGAACCCUGAUGGAUGUGCCAAUGCCUUUCUAUCAGCUUGCGUGCCUCAGCUUUCUGUCUGCAGCUGUUUGCAGCUCGCCUGAAAGAAUUCUGGGAGGGCCUCCCUACAACCUGCAGAUGAAGUCGCGCAAUUUCCAGCACAUUCUGUCCUGGCAGGCCAGGAAUGACCCAGCUGUGCCAACAUCCUACAGCGUGCUGUACAGACACCACGGGAACUCGAACUGGACAACUGCCAGGCAGUGCUCAGGCACUGCUCAGCUCUCCUGUGACCUGACAGAGGAUUUCAAACACAGGUCCUCUGACUACUAUGUGUUUGUUCAGAGCAUCGAAGGACCUGAGGUGUUCAAUUCUUCCAUGCUGCAUUUUGCACCAUUGAGUCAGACAUCCCUGGGACCACCAGAAGUUAAUAUCACUCCUUGUCUAAACUGCAUCAAUGUCACCAUAAAGCUGCCACCCUCUCACUACAGAGAAAAGGGAAAGCUGCUCUCUUUAAUUGAUAUCUAUGAAGAGCUUGAUUAUGUAAUAACACUGAAAUCACAAGGUGGACAGCAUAAGAUGCCACGGGAGAAAACCACUGAAGAAGUUUUUAGUACUGUCAUUGAGGAAUUGUAUCCAAGUCGGAAUUACUGUGUGUCUGUUGAGGUCACUGCAUCCCUGAACAAAAAUUCCAUCCCCUCGCCCUGGAAAUGUGUCCCUUCAGACUCGAUGGCUCGACCAGGUUAUCAUGUAGCUUCAGUGGCAAGUGCUGUGUGUGUCUUACUGGUAAUAGCUGCUGCCUUGAAGUGUCUGCAUGCAGGAGGUUAUUUUCUUCAAAGCAAAUCACUGCCACAUGCCUUGGAGUCCAUCAGGAGGUUGGUCUACCUGUCCUGGAUAUUCCCAUCAGAAGAAGUGGACUCUGUGGAGGUCAUCCCCAGAGAGGUUAAAGCCAAGGCCGGUGGGUGCGGUGGCAGCAGCAGUGACAGCGACAGCGAGGACAGCGACAGCAGCGCCCCGUGGGACCACAACUACACAAGGAGGGAGGUGCUGAGCAGAGCCCCCCCUGUCCCUGGCACCUCCCACGUGCAGUACUCAGAGAACAGGCCCUGUGAGGCCACCCAGGCCACUGACCCCGCACCCCCUGAGCCAGCGGGGGCUGAGGAGCACACGGACCUGGCAGGAGACCAGGACCUGGCAGGAGACACAGACUCGGGUGGGGAGUUGCUCAGCCCCUUCCCCGAGCUCAGCUGUCACUACCCUGCCAGGCAAAGCAGCACCUGCUUUACCAUCAACCUGCAGACCGUGCUGCUGGGGAGCCUGGAGGAGCGCGGGGACAGCCCUGCAGCGGCUCUGCCUGCCCCGCAGCACGAGGGGCACUGGCAGUGUGCCCAUGCCCUGGAAGCAGAGGCUGACACGGGGACUGUGCAGAAAGCACCGGGUGCUGAUGACUGCCAGGAAUGGCAGAACUUUCCUUCAGAGGAGGAAAGCGACUCAUCCGAGUCAGACACGGACCAAGGAACGGGAUACAUGAGGAGGAGGUGAAUAGGGGAGAGCCACUGAUACUUUACAGCAUACGCGUCAGUAUUGUCCAACUUUUAUUUCUGGACUAAACAUGCAGAUCUUGUCUUCUUAUCAACGUUCUGUGAGUGUGGACCUGCCCUACAGACAGAGCUGGAGAAGAGGAGGCUCCAAGGAGACCUGAGAGCCCCUUGCAGGGCCUAAAGGGGCUCCAGGAGA